AUGGCGGUGACGAUGCGACGUAAUUGGUACGAUGACGAUUUCGCGUUACGACAUCGUGAUUCAUGGUGGAGCCGCGACGAUUGGUUCGAUGACUGGAAAGAUUGGCCAGCCGAUUGGCCUCGACCAAGAGAUCUCAUGAGCCGGUUCUGGCGCGAUACCGAUCAUUGGUGGCGUGACUGGCCGUCGGAUUGGCCUCGCAUGGAUGCAGUCAUGCCGAGAUUCACCUCUCAUUUGGAUCGUAUCGAUCGCAAUUGGCGAAAUGAUCCGUUCUGGCAGGACAUCUAUCCACGCUGGGCUGAACCAAUAUUCAAGGAAGGAAUUGACGUUCACUCCAACAUCAUCAACGAUGAGCGAAGAUUCGCUGUUGAAGUGGAUUGCUACCAGUUCAGACCAGAGGAGAUUCAGGUCAAGACUCAAGACGAUACCCUAAUGAUUGAGGGACGGCAUGAAGAUGUACGUGAUCGCGAUAACUUUACUAAAAUGUAUUUCGUACGGAAAUAUCAAAUGCCACGCGACGUCGAUCAUGCACGUAUAUCAAGCAGCAUUGAUUCUCGAGUCUGA